GAAGAGAGACCGAGAGACACAGACUUGAACGUUUUCUGAUAACUGCUAGGUGGAACCGCUAUUUUCACGUUACCAUUGCAGAAACAGAACGCCCUACGUAUAUUUGACAUUAUUCAUAAUAUCUGAGAACAUUAAGUAAUUAUUUCCAACCUAUUCCCUGUAAUCGUUGUCUUCCCCACUAUUUUUGUAUUAUCAAAACAUUCGAAGAAACCAUCACAACAUAUUUGGGCAGAUAGGAUCGUCCAGCUAUCAGAAGGACAAUUGAAUAUCUUCAUAAAUAUUACCAAAGCUCCAAGAGUAUCAACUGGAAGUCAUCACUGAUCAAGUGAAAUUGAUCCUUCCGACAUUAUUUCAUUCACUUGUUUACAAAAUCUUUGAUUUCUGGUGAAAAGAACUAACUCUCAAACGGAAUUUUCUGAACAAAACGAAAACACCAGCACAACAUCUUGUAGAGAUAAUUUUGCUACUAAAUGACGUCAGCACUACAUCUAGAAGAUUUAUUUUGUUUCUUAUCAUAAUCCAAACAUCUAGAAAAUAUAUACUUUUAGACAUUUGAAAAACAACAUCUCUUGAGCAACAUUAAUGAUGUUUAAGAAAACAUACUUAAAGGGUUUAAUUCGUUCUUGAACAAUAACUUUAAUGGUGAAGGGGAAAGAAGGUCUGCUAUUUUAUGAGCACAGUGAAUAUUAAUUGAUGUCAAACCUCGUAUAGAAGUCUCCUGUAUGGAUAACGCAAAACAGUAAGAAGAAAUAGUUUAUUUCCGAUCAACAUUCGCGUUGGUUAAAAAAUACAUUAGAUAUUAAAGUAAUAUUAGGUUUCUAAAAAUAUCAGGUUGCUGAUCAACAUUCGUAUUAGUUAAGUUAAAGUGUUCACAACAGAUAUUUUAUUUAUAGUCACUCGUCGUCUUGGUGAAGUAAAACAUUAGAAAAAGUUUUGUCUUUGCUAAGAUUCUAUUUUUCGAGUAGCUAAUCAUUCAAAAUGAUUUUAGAUUCAUAGUCAAAUUCUAAAAUAGGUAUUUCCAUAGAAGUUCUAAGUUAAUAAUUAUGAUUGAGAUAAUAUUUCUGUAACUCAAAUAUAUAAACUUAAAUUCAUGUGCAUAAUGCACCAAAAACGUUGUAAAAUUUAACUGUAGUUUUAAAAUUUGAAGAAUAAGCGAUCCAGUCUACCUUUGGUAAAAAUAAUAUCAAUAACAACAAAGGGUUUUUUAAAAAAUACGAAUAUAAAAACAAAGAAAAUGAAGUCUAUAUUUUUGACAAACAACAUAAGUGAUUUAAUAGGAAAUAUUUCCUUAGAAAAUCAAACUUGUGAAGAUUUGUCCCUAAAUUCAACUGGUGAUAACUUAACCAUCACAGAUGAAUACAGUAUUUUGGAAGACUUUACAAACACGCCUGCUAUGCGGGCCUUUUUUUCGUGCUUGUAUAUAAUAAUUUUUGUGCUCGGAAUAUGUGGUAACGUGUUGGUGUGUUACGUAGUUUUCCGUAACAAAUCAAUGCAAACUGUUACCAACUACUUCAUAACCAACCUGGCUUUAUCUGACAUUUUACUAUGUACCUUUGCUGUACCAUUUCCUCCUCUAUAUAUCUUUCUUCGGAAGUGGGUAUUUGGCCGUGUUUUGUGUCAUCUUGUGCCAUAUGCUCAAGGUGUCAGCGUCUAUAUCUCGGCCUUUACCCUCAUGUCCAUUGCUAUUGACCGCUUCUUCGUCAUAAUUUAUCCAUUCAAACAGCGGUUGAAGAUAAGCUGCUGUAUCAUGCUAAUUAUUCUCAUCUGGACUAUGGCUUGUCUACUGACCUUACCAUACGGAAUCUUAAUGAAACUGUUUAAAGAUAACGACAUAUUUUACUGUGAUGAAGGCUGGCCUCAAGAAGCCAGUCGCCGGGUCUUCGGGCUGUGCACUUCAGUGCUGCAGUUUGUUGUCCCGUUCAUCAUCAUCAGUGUCUGCUAUAUUACAGUCUGUGUCAAGCUGAGGCGUCGUGCCCGAUCCAAGCCGGGAGCCAAGUCAGUAAAGAAGGAAGAACAGGAGCGAGAACGGACCAGAAGAACUAAUCGAAUGUUGAUAGCCAUGGUGAUUGUAUUUGGAGCAUCUUGGCUGCCCCUGAACAUCUUCAAUCUGGUGGGAGAUUUCUAUAUUCCUGCCAUGAAUUGGGAGUAUAUGAACACUUUUUACUUUCUGUGUCACGCUGCCGCAAUGAGUUCCACGUGCUACAAUCCUUUCUUAUACGCGUGGUUGAACGAAAAUUUCAGGAAGGAAUUCAAGACAGUACUGCCGUGCUUCAUCCUGCAAUCAGCUGCCACAGGAAUGAUCAACAGCGGCAAACACGAGAGGAAUUGUAACGGCCACGAGAAUCUGCGAGAGAGCCUGCUACCACAAGCAGCAAACCAGAGGAACAAUAAAGCUCCUCAAGACACUGUGCCCUCAGCUAAAUGGGUUAUAGAGACAGAUACAGUUUGCCUACAAGUUGGAAACAAUCAACCGUACGUUGUCUAACUUUACAGAAGUUCAUUUAAAACUGGACAUAUGGAGGUAUAUGAACAGCUUAUCUGUAUGAAAUAAGUCCUUUAUAUGAUAACAUAUGCCAAGUUCUCAAACGAAAUCUUAUGAUAUGGUUCUUUUUGUGGGCGUCUUAUUAAAUUCAAAACAAUUAAAUUUGUAAAGAUUUUCUGUAACCUUUGACGAGAAACAAUUCAUAUAAUUAAUUGGAACCUAUUAGCUUAUUUCUCACACACAUUUACCUGUGUUGUGUUUUACACAUAAAACAUUUUUUUUAGUCUUUGAUAACAAGUAAUUACCCUGCAAUUUAUCUAAUAUCAUUCUUUAAGAUUGUAUAAAUAAAUACAAAAUUAGCAAUUGUUAAAUAUUUACCUGUACAGGCAGUUAAUUGUAAAAGCAUUCUAAGGUAGUCGACAUAAUUUCAGAAACCUACAACACAAAAUACAUGCAAAGUAUUCACUAAAUGUAUCAUUGCUUAAAACGACUUCAUGGUCGUUCGUAACCAUUCCAGUUUUAAAAUAGAUCUCGAUAUAUGUCCUUAGAGUUUUCAAAGUUUAUUAAAGUCCUAUAUUUUGCGAGGAGGUCAGCUAAGAUAAUAUAAAACAACAUGACAGGGUUUUUGUACCACAUUUUUACAAAGUGGAAAGUUCACUCUUCUUGGCACUCUAAGAUUUUAUUUCCUGUUCUAAUCCUAAUAACCAACAGUUAGGUUUUAGUCAUAUAACGAAGUCACUCUCAUCAAGCCUUGUUAAACAAUAGGAAAACAAACGGCCAAUGAUCAAGACAUAAACUUACAUAGAAAAAAAGAACAUCAUAAACUAUAGAAUCGUUGAUACAUGUGUCGAAAAGCUGUUAGAAUAAACAUUUUAUUGAGCCCGACCGGUUACAUAAUUUUGAAAACCACAACUUUCUUCGUACAUACCUUAGGAGCUUUCUGUACAUAGAUAUUUUAAAACAAUAUUUUACUCGGUAUAAUGAGCAAUUAUAAAUGUGUUGAAAAGUGUGAGCUAAAAGGCACUACCCUAGUGGUUGUUGCGAUUAACAUGAAUCAGAACUUGUACGACUUUCAUGCACAGUGAACGCUAAGUCAAGUGAUCCCAGUGUUGACAUAUAUACGAGAAAACUAAAACAUAGUUAAUCUAGAUAUUCAUAAUUCACCUGUGAAGACGCCUAAUCAUUGGGAUGUUAAACAACCACAAGGAAAGACAUCUAAAUGAUAUAGACGAAGGACAACUGCAGACAAACGUGUGUGGAUUGACUCUUAUGACUGAUCAAAUUGCUGCUAUAUUCAAGUGAGAGAAUCCCCAGCACAUCAUAUUUAGUAAUCUUAUAUUAUAAAAGCCUAAUCUGAUCAGAUUUUUUUCAGAUUCAUGUGCAGCUGCUUACAAUGUUUGUUGCAAUAUUUUACAAGUGAAUCAGAGGUUUGACAUAUUAUCAUAUGAAAAAUACUGAUAUAUUCUCAUCUAAGGACAGCUAAUUGGUCAGGAUGUUAACAUGUUGUUUUAUAAGGAAAUAUAGUUGAUGAAGUUGCAUCAACUAACAAGCAGGAGGAAAUGUAUCUAAUAAGUAUGUUGAUAAAGUAUCAUGUAAGGAUAGCUAACUGAUGAAGAUAUUUCUUUCUGAUUGAUGUUGAUGAAGAUAUUACUCAAUUAUUAAGUGGAGAAACUUAGAUUUUCCGAUUGCCUUAACACUCCUUAUUGAAUAAAAUAAGGAAUAGAAGUAAAAAAGUUUGUUGACAAAUUAAGUAGAAGGAGGCUUAGCUGGGCAUUUCCACAUAUAAGUGAGAUAAACGAGUGUGGCCUGUUACCAAAAACGUCGAGUCAAUGAAACGUGAUGAUUUCGAUUAAUUUGAUUAAAAAUGGGACAAAAUCAAUAACAAAGUACAAUAUUGUGUGAAGGCUAAUGCAGCACUUAUGCUAAUCAAAGACACAUCCACUUGUAAAUAUAUGAAGAAGAUCGAGACUCUUUGAACUUUAAUGAGUAAGAACUGAAGGAAAACUUAACAACUUAUCAAGUUAAUAAAUAAGUGCAGACCUAUUUUCUUUCUCCUUUAACCAGAAAUGUUCGCAUACUUGCAUCGUGUGACGGAACACAGGGUCUUCUACGAUGAUCAAAAGAGGUUUGUCGUAACAAUCUCUGUUAGUUUGUACAUUAAGUGUUUGUUAAACAGUGAUAUUGUUCAUGUAGUUUUAUUUUUAUUGUAGUAAAUUAUGUGAAUUCAGAUAUUAAUGUAGAAGUGAAAAAACGAAGAUAAUUAUUAUAAUAUGUAACAUGAAUUUGUGUAUGUGAGAAAAAAUGUGAAUUAUGCUAUUUUCGUUAAAGAAAAAUUCUAUGACACAAAAGUACGUGAUAUUUUCUCACUAGCAGGCUGAAAUAAGGAACCUUGUAGAACCACGAAUAGUUUUACUAAUCCCGAUAAGAAAUAACAAAACGAAAUCUUACACACAAAAAUGUUAUUUUCGACAUAAAACAGUAAACUCCAAAGUAUAAAUUCGUCAUAGUUUUGCAGCUAUUUUGGCUACCCCGAAUAUAGUUAAUUUUACUGAUAGAAAAUAGAGAACAAAUAUGUUCAACUUUGAAUGUCUACUUUUAAGAUUUCUGACAUAUGUAAGCUAUAAAAUAAUUGCCAUUGUUAUAUAUAUAUAUAUAUAUAUAUUUACAGGCUUUUUAGAAUUUAAAUAUUGAAAUGUUAAAGCCUGAAAUCGGCCUGCUGGGGAGACAGUUUGGGGCUACAUGUACUUUUGUGGAUAGAAUCACUUUUUAAUUUAUUAGUUAGCCUAUUUAGUCAGAGUUGGAACUUUUACCUCUGCAAAAGUAGAGUAGUGUACUACUGGGUAGUAUCUUUGGGAACAUAAUUAGCAAUUUGAUGGCUACUAAGAACUAGCCUCGCAUUUCUUUAUAUAGUUCCCAUAAAAUUACGUGUUUUAAUGUCAUGAUAAGAUACCAAGUAUCCAAUCAAAAUAUUGGACUUCUGUUAACUGUAGAGAGAUGGAAAUUCUCAAUACCUUUAUCGACAACUCCAAAGUUGUUUGAUAAAGUGUUUCUGUCUGUAUGUUACUUCUUAUACAUUAUUGAUAUCCUUACCAGUAAACCCAAAGUAUCGGUAAAGUGUUUCUGUCUGUAUGUUACUUCUUAUACAUUAUUGAUAUCCUUACCAGUAAACCCAAAGUAUCGGUAAAGUGUUUCUGUCUGUAUGUUACUUCUUAUACAUACUUGGCAUCCUUACCAGUAAAUCCAAAGUAUCGGUAAAGUGUUUCGUCUGUAUGUUACUUCUUAUACAUACUUGAUAUCCUUACCAGUAAAUACAAAGUAUCGGUAAAGUGUUUCAUCUAUAUGUUACUUCUUAUACAUACUUGAUAUCCUUACCAGUAAAUACAAAGUAUCGGUAAAGUGCAGUAACUUCUAUGUUAUCUGUCUAUUAGUAACAGUUAUUGUUAUCGUUAAGAAAAUUCCAAAGUAUCUAUGAUUAUUUUUUGCCUGAAUUCUAACUUCUCAUUAAUAGAAGCUCUUAAUAAAUCUACCAACAAAUAAAAAAUCUGAAAACUUCGAAAAGUUAUCUAAUUUCUUAACAAUAAAUCAAAUCGCUUGUUGGAGGUUAUUUUUAUGCUAUCUGAUGAUCAAACGAGAUUAUUGAAGUUAAUGCUGAUUGUAUGCCGUUCAAAAUUGGAUAGGCAUUAUUGUUAUCAUUAAUGAGAGCUAUAAAGUCUCAUUGAGAAUAUUCUUUGUUUGUACACUCCUGAAAAGCUGCUAGACUUUACUGCUGCUGUUACUGACCAAUCUAAACUCCAGAGGAGGACAUUUUGCUUAUAUGCUAUUUAAAAAUCCUACAGGAUCUUGCUAGUAUGAAAAGUAAAUCCAAUAAUUCUGUAAUUACCUAAAGAUCAGGAAAAAUCUAAUUGGAUAUUAUUGUCACUCUCAAUGACAAACGUCUAGGUUCUGCUAUGAUAUUUGCUUGUUUGUAUGCUGGCUGAAAAUUGCUACGUUGCUAGAGGUGCUAGCUAAUCUGCUUGCUAAGUGCAAUUUGUGUUGAGACUGCUAUGUUUAUUUGUUAGCUGAAAAUUUAUAUAGACUCUUCGAUAUUUAACUUCUAUGUGUAUCUUAUAUAUAUAUAUAUAUAGCAUUCAUUUCAGAUGUUAAAUGCUAUGUACAAAACAAUAACAAUAUGAUAUUUCCGAUCAUUCAACGUAAAAUAAUUACAGUAUAUACAAUAUACAUUUUUUUUCUAACAUUAUUUUGAUUUCUAUAAAAUUUUAUCUUAAAAACAAUGUAAAUUUGAUACUUCUGAAAUACAAAAACUAGUGAAUCGAGUUUAAACUUUAAAGCUAAGAAACCGAAUGAAGCGAUUAUAACCCUCAGUAUGACAUUUAUUUCGAAGAGAAAAUAGUUAUGUUUUUUGUAACCAAAUUUAACAGUUCAAUCAAAUAAAGA